UUUCGUUUUUUUUCUUAUCAGCUUCCUAAAUAACAUAAUGAUCCUAAGGAUUGUUAAUGCAGCUCCCGCGAACAGAUUUGAAACUUCAGCUGAACUAGAUGAGAACUCGAACUUCCCGGAGACUUCUAAUGCAAACAUUUCAAAAGAUGAAAAGGAAUUCAGUGAUGAUCUGCAAGUUGCGGAAAAUAGACAACAGCAUGUGAAGAGUAUUCAAAUGUUUGAUAAACCUUUUCACCGUGGAAAUUCUUUAGACAUAAAAACAAAGAAAAACACUGCAAAGAUAAGUAAUAGUAAGAAUAUGAAUGUGAAAUUUCCCGUUCCCAAGGCAGCUUCAAUAGAUCCACAACCAAGGAGAAAACCAGGCAACGUCGAACUGACCAUUUCAAUACCGAGAUUCAAUACCGAUAUAAUGGGCAACUGGGUAUAUAAUCCCUGGGGCGCUACCUUUGGCGACCUUUUUCGGGAUACCCGCUUCAAUUUCGGGGGACACUACACAAUACCAAGGAUGUAUGUCGAUUCGAUGCCUUGGACUAAUUACUAUCCAAAUAAAGAAAAAUUAAGCACAGUGUGUGUUGGAAAAACUUCACCCUAUAAUGAGCCCCCGGUUAUGAAUUGGAUAACUCCCCAUAUGUAUAGUAAAAUUCGAAAUAUUAAAUUUAUGAAAGACCUCCGACGAAGUCUAUAUGACGAGGGCCAUCCCGAUGAGUGUCAUACCUCAAAAUAUGUUACAUUUUUGGGCUAUAUAAACUGCGCGAUAUUACGUAAUCAGAGGAUGGAGUACUUGAUUCCCUAUUAUCCGAGGCACCAAAAUAUACCCGCUAACUAUGAAUAAUAAAACUAAUUAAAAUCAUACGAUGUAUAAAUGCAUAACUGAUGAUAAUAAUUCUGUGUGU